CCGCCGUCCGCAGAGGACGGUCCUGGGGCAGGAGAGUUGGGGAGGGAGUGAGACCAGAGCUGUUGCCCAGAACCCGGAGGGAGCGAGGAGGAGACGCUUUGCCAGACAGAGGCGCGUCGCUGAGAACUCAAACUUUGGCGGCAACCACCCUGAGGCUGAACGUGACAAAGCAAGAAGAUGGCCAAGAUUAACACCCAGUUCUCCCACCCUGCAGUAAGGACCACGGACAGAGAUCUUGACCACGUUGAAAACGGCCUCAGCAGGGUCCACUCGCCGAGCGAGGAGACUUCGUCAGAACUGCAGCAGAUCGCCAUGGAGACCAGAGGACUGGCGGAGUCCAGGCAAAGCUCCUACACCAGCCAGGGCCCCGCCAGGAUGUCUCGCCUAAUCAUCUCACUGCGAGCCUGGACUACCAGGCACUUACACCAUGAGGCCCAGAGAACAGACUCCUUCCUGGAGCGUUUCCGUGGAGCUGAGCUCAAGGAGGUGUCCAGCCAAGAAAGCAAUGCCCAGUCAAAUGUGGGCAGCCAGGAGCCACCAGAGAGAGGGAGAAGUGGCUGGCCCCUGGCCAGAAACAACACCAACGCCUGCAACAACUCAGAGGAUGACAAGGCGAAAAAGGAGGAGAAGGAGAAAGAGGAAGAGAAAGAGAAAGAGAAAGAGAAAAACUGCUCAAAACAAGAGGAAAACAAGGACAGCGUGGUGGUGGACCCCUCCAGCAAUAUGUACUACCGCUGGUUGACUGUCAUUGCCCUGCCUGUCUUCUAUAACUGGUGUCUGCUGGUGUGCAGGGCCUGUUUCGAUGACCUGCAGUCUGAGCACGUGAUGCUGUGGCUCGUCCUGGACUACUCGGCAGACGUCCUCUAUGGCUUGGAUGUGCUGGUGCGAGCCCGGACAGGCUUCCUUGAGCAAGGCUUGAUGGUCAGGGAUGCCCAGAGGCUUUGGAAGAAUUACACAAAGACCAUGCACUUCAAGCUGGACAUGUUGUCCCUGGUCCCCACAGACCUGGCUUAUUUUAAGUUGGGUAUAAACUACCCAGAACUGAGGUUCAACCGCCUACUGAAGUUUGCCCGGCUCUUUGAGUUCUUCGACCGCACAGAGACAAGGACCAACUACCCCAAUUUGUUCAGGAUCGGGAACUUGGUCUUGUACAUCCUCAUUAUCAUCCACUGGAAUGCCUGCAUCUACUUUGCCAUUUCCAAGUUCAUUGGUUUUGGGACAGAUUCCUGGGUGUAUCCAAACAUCUCAAACCCAGAGUAUGGACGCCUUUCCAGGAAGUACAUUUACAGUCUCUAUUGGUCCACCUUGACCCUGACCACCAUCGGGGAGACCCCACCCCCUGUGAAAGAUGAGGAGUAUCUGUUUGUGGUCAUAGACUUCCUAGUGGGCGUCCUGAUUUUUGCCACCAUUGUUGGCAAUGUGGGCUCCAUGAUCUCAAACAUGAAUGCUUCACGGGCCGAGUUCCAGGCCAAGAUUGACUCUAUUAAGCAGUACAUGCAAUUCCGCAAGGUGACCAAGGACUUGGAGACACGGGUAAUCCGGUGGUUUGACUACCUGUGGGCCAACAAGAAGACGGUGGAUGAGAAGGAGGUGCUCAAGAGUCUCCCAGACAAACUGAGGGCCGAGAUCGCCAUCAAUGUGCACCUGGACACUCUGAAGAAGGUCCGCAUCUUCCAAGACUGUGAGGCAGGGCUGCUGGUAGAGCUUGUGCUCAAGCUGCGGCCAGCAGUGUUCAGCCCAGGGGAUUACAUCUGCAAGAAGGGGGACAUCGGGAGGGAGAUGUACAUCAUCAAAGAGGGCAAGCUGGCUGUGGUGGCUGAUGAUGGGAUCACCCAGUUCGUGGUCCUCAGUGAUGGGAGUUACUUUGGGGAGAUCAGCAUCUUAAACAUCAAGGGGAGCAAGUCAGGGAACCGCAGGACAGCCAACAUCAGGAGCAUCGGCUACUCAGACCUGUUCUGCCUUUCCAAGGAUGAUCUGAUGGAGGCUCUCACAGAAUACCCGGAAGCCAAGAAGGUCCUGGAGGAGAAGGGACGGCAGAUCCUGAUGAAGGACAACCUGAUUGAUGAGGACAUGGCCAAGGCCGGGGCGGACCCCAAGGAUAUCGAGGAGAAGGUGGAGCACCUGGAGUCCUCCCUGGAUGCCCUGCAGACCAGGUUUGCACGGCUCCUGGCUGAGUAUAAUGCCACCCAGAUGAAAGUGAAGCAGCGUCUCAGUCACCUGGAAAGCCGGGUGAAGAUCUGUGGGAGUGACCCUCUGUCUGAUGGGGAUGCUCCUGGGGAGGCUGAGAAAACAGAGACCAAACAAGAGUGAAAGGCAGAGGUCCGUGCGUGUCCUCCUUCCCAGAGUCAGCCGUUGGUGUGAUGCACAGUGGCCGCAGCUGAACCGCCCAGGACUCGGUGAGGUUGCAUUCCCAUUCUCCUUACCCUUUGUAGGCCAUGUGGCCCUGGGAGAGAGCCUCAGUUUCCUCAUUUAGGAAGGGGUCUCAUCAUGUCAGCCCCAGUUAAGUGGCAGGUUAUUGUGAUAUCCCCAUGGAACACUUGCAUGGGGCAGGGUUUGGUACAGUGUGAGGUGUCCCCAGUCCACGAAUACAAAAGUGUGCACACAGAACCCUUAUUUUUUUUAUCCAUGGGGAAUUUUUAGACUUUUGAACUUUAUUUUCUUGUAAAUGGAAGAUUAUUUAGUCAUCCACCCCCUCGCACAGCCCACGCCACCACCUUCUGAUAAGAGAGAUGUAACAGAAGCUAGAAGUACAACCUGGGAUCUCAAAUUCAACCUUACAUGAGACAGUCUAGGGCACAUUUCUGAAUCUCGUUUCUCCUAGCGUGCUCUUUGGGAUUCUAGAAAUCCUGGCCUUUGGUCGUGCUAUGAUAAGCAUAAGGGAUGAAGCCAAGUCGCCCCAUUUGAGGUCACUUCGAGCCUUUGAAGCAAACCCAGACCCCCUGCCAUCCAGCCCCCGUGAACCCGGAAUCGAUUUCACAGAAAAGAACAUCUCUAUGAGGGAAAGAAACAUCUCCUUCUAAUUCACCAAAGGGGUUUGAAGACAGCCUCUCCCCUUGUUCCUGAGUCUCCCAGCCACUGUGGCUGCCCACUGGAGGCCGUCCCUCCCACUGCACCGGGUUCAGCCACAGGCUGCCCCUGUUCUGGCUUGAGGGGGAGAGUUAUGUUCAGGGGAGAGCCUUUCAGGUUGGAGGUGGGGGUCCUUAGUCAAGCAAAGCUGCCAACUAGAACUUUUAGAAGAUCAGACCUUGAGGCGGUAUCUUUGCAAACUGCCUCUCCACUCAAAGAGGAAGCCUCACUCUCCCUUGGAAUUAUAUCCAGCGGCAAAGCUCUCAUCUAGGCGGAAGUGUGCGCAGGACAGGACCUCGCUUUUUACUUUUUUUAUCCAGUAAAUAGAAUUCCAUUAUCAUUGUAUAAGAUAUUUCUAUAUUUGGGCUCUAUGAUUGUGAAUUAUAACCUUAAGGGCCUAUCCUUCACUUAAAUACACAUUGUAAAUUACCCAAAGGUGAGUCAUUCUUCUGAUACAGAGAAGCCG